AUGCCACCCAUCUUCCUCACCCGUCCCCGCCCCCGCCCCCGCCCCAUAGCCGCAUCUCGCGCCCUCACCCGCACCCUCAUCCCCCAGCCACCAAGACCGCUCAUCACCCCCCGCCCUCUGCCCACCACCUUCUCCCCCACCUCCCCCCAGUCAGAGACCAACAGGAAAUGGAUGGAAGGUUUGAUACGCGAUACAGAGGAUCUCCGGGCGAGAGCGAGAGAAGGCGGUGGCAAGGAGGUGUUGGAGAGGUGGAAGAAGCGGGGGAAGGGAAAGCUUUCUGUGCGCGAACGAGUAGCGGUGUUACUGGACCCCGCGAGCCCGUUCAUAGAGCUCUCGCCAUUGGCAGCCCAUGAAGUGUACCCAGAUCCCCUGCCCGGGGCUGGUAUCGUCACCGGCAUCGGCAUGGUAGCUGGCCGGAAGUGUAUGAUCAUAGGCAACGACCCGACCGUCAAAGGCGGUACCUACUUUCCUCUUACAGUCAAGAAACAUCUCCGAGCACAACAGAUCGCGCUGGAGAAUCAACUACCCUGCAUCUACCUCGUCGAAUCUGGCGGUGCCGCACUUCCAUACCAAGCCAAAGUCUUUCCCGACCAUGAUCACUUUGGCCGUAUUUUUUACAACAUGGCCCGCAUGUCUUCUCUAGGUAUGCCCCAAAUCAGCGUCGUCCAUGGGAUAAGCGUCGCCGGCGGUGCGUAUAUGCCUGCGAUGUCUGAUCUGGUCAUCAUCGUGAAAGAGCAAGGCCACAUCUUUCUCGCAGGACCGCCUUUGGUCAAAGCUGCCACGGGUCAAGUCGUCGAUGAAGAAUCUCUCGGCGGUGGAGAGAUGCAUACGUCUGUUUCUGGCGUUGCAGACUACCUCGCCCAAUCCGACUCCCACGCCCUCUCCCUCGCCCGCGAAGCCAUCCACGACCUCUCCCCCUCCCCUCCUUCCCCUCCCUCCCCCUCCCGCUCCCAGAAACACAUCCAACCCCCCAUCUACCCCGCCGACGACCUGAACGCCCUCAUCCCCACCGACCCCCGCCAAUCCUACGACCCCCGCGAACUCAUCGCCCGCCUCGUCGACGCCUCCCAGUUCCGCGAAUUCAAAAGAUCCUACGGCCCUACUAUCGUCUGCGGUUUCGCCCAGAUCCACGGGUACACGAUCGGUAUCCUCGCCAACCACGGCCCCAUCCUCUCCCCUUCUGCUUUGAAGGCGACGCACUUUAUCACGACGUGCUCAAAGCACGGGAUACCGUUGGUGUUUUUGACGAAUGUGAGUGGGUAUAUGGUUGGGGAGAAGGCGGAGAGGGGGGGGAUAGCAAAGGAUGGGGCAAAGAUGGUUCGGGCGGUGGCGAGGGCAAAGGUUGAAAAGUUUUCCAUCAUUGUCGGAGGCAGUUUUGGAGCCGGGAAUUAUGGAAUGUGCGGAAGAGCCUACUCACCGAGGUUCCUCUUCAUGUGGCCCAACGCCAAAGUCGGCGUCAUGGGCCCCGACCAACUGUCCACCGUCAUGCACAGCGUCGAAGACAAACGCCCCGGGCAGACGGACGCCCAAAAAGAGAAGGCAGAGAAGAAGAGGGAAGAGUUGAAGAAGAAGAUUGAGGGGCAGUGUCAGGGGAUUUAUGCGAGUGCGAGGAUCUGGGAUGAUGGGAUCAUCAAACCUACUGAUACUCGGGAUAUCCUUGGGCUCGGGCUCGAGCUCGCACACGAAGAACGCGCUCUCAGAGGGCACGGUUCUGGGGGUGGUACGAGAGGUCAAGUAGGGGCUGAUGGAGAUGCCGGCGACUGGGGCAUCUUCCGCAUGUGA